AUGCCCAAUGAACCAUCUCUCUACAUCAAGAAAAGAAGUAAUAAUGAGCUUCUUAUUGUCAGCAUUUAUGUGGAUGACUUAAUCUGUGCCAGUACCAAUUUAGAAAUGGUGGAGGAGUUCAAAAAAUCCAUGAUCAAGAGGUUUGAAAUGACUGACUUGGGCCUAAUGAAGUACUUCCUUGGCAUUCAAGUGAAUCAGUCACAAUAUGGUAUAACACUAUCUCAAGAGAAGUAUGCUACCGACUUGUUGAAGAAGUUCAGAGUGUUAUCUAGAUUCAUGCAUGACCCCAGCAAAACUCAUUAUACUGCUGCAAAAAGAGUUCUAAGGUACGUCAAAGGUACUAAGAAUUUUUGUCUCAACUACUCGAAGGAAGAAGAUAAUAGUCUUGUCGGAUAUACCGAUAGUGACUGGGCAGGUUCAAUUGAUGAUCGAAAAAGUACUUCUGGAUAUGAUAUUUCUCCUGGUUCUAAAGUGAUUACGUGGUCAUCAAAGAAGAAGAAUACAGUGGCAUUAUAA